UCUAUCUCUGAUUCAGCUAGUGUUCUGCCUACACUCUCACAAAGAAACUUUCACUAUAUUAUAUUACACAUUCACUAACUUUUUCCAUUCUUCAAUCAUCAUUAUUAUCAUUGAACGUUAUUAUCUUAUUCAAGAUUUCUGUCUCUUCUUCUGUUUAACAUCUUCUAUUCAUUUAUCUAUUACAUUGUAUACAUUUCUGAUAAUGAUCUCUCAUUCUUAUAACAAGCAUUAUCAUAGUACUUAUAUCAGGCAGUUUGUUAGCAAAUCUUCAUGUAUUGACAGAUUUAUAUCUGUAGAUGAUAGUGAACAUCUCAAUAUUAAAUCAUUAAUUGAGAACUUGAAGAAUAUGAUAAUGAAGAAAUUGUCUGUAUUAUAUGUAACUGAGUCUUCUGUAUUAUCUUCUACUCUCUCUAUUUCUUUCUCUGCUACUUUCUCUCGAUCUUCUACACUUGUCUCUGUGUCUGAUUCUCCCGCUCCUGCUAUUUCUGUUCUUAUAAUCCUCACUUUCACUACUUCUGCUUCUGCUACUUCUGCUCUCUCUGUCUCUGCUACUGCUUCUACUUUCAUUACCAGCUCUUUUCAUUUCAAAGAGAUAUUGUAUAGACUUAAUGAAUUAUAUUUCUCAGUAUGUAUACUUUCAUUCUUUUUACUAAUCUCUAGAACAAUUUAUUACACAAAGACUGUAAAAGAUAUCUGUGUUUUCAGAAAUAGAAACAUGAAUGUUAUACUCUUUUAUAUCUACAGAUGUGAGACUUAUACAUCUU